UGUCAGGCUACAUGGAGGCGCACUUCCGUCCCGCAUAAUUCGGUUUAGGGGAGCAGGUGCAGGGAAAGGGACUCAAGCAUCACCUCAGUUAAAGCAAUAGAUUUGAUUUACAGUAGCGAUUAAUUCAUACACACACACGCGGAGUCGGAAGAUGGUAGCAAAACAAAGAAUCCGAAUGGCAAACGAGAAGCACAGCAAAAACAUCACUCAGAGGGGGAACGUGGCGAAGACCCUGCGACCGCAGGAGGAGAAGUAUCCGGUAGGGCCGUGGCUUUUGGCACUCUUUGUAUUUGUCGUUUGUGGAUCAGCCAUCUUUCAGAUAAUUCAGAGUAUCCGCAUGGGAAUGUGAGUCACGGAGUGUCCUCCACAUACCCUGCCCUGCAUCUGAAUGAGAUUUUUCGGGAGUGGCUGAACACGAUCCGCUGGAGGUCUGGAAGAUGGACGUCUAUUUCGUGGAUCAGAGGCUUGUAUGCUGAGCUGGAUCUAGUGUACAAAAACUACAUGACAUUGUCACACAUGUUUACAGUGUCCCUGGAUGAAGGGAACGUGCGCUUUUUUCUACACAACCAUUGUUGUUGACGCGUCUGUAUCAUUUACCCCCUCAUAUUUAUUUGUGAUUGAUGAUCACCAUGAUCUAUUUCUCUAUUGAACCGUGUUUGCGUGAGCCUUUUUCAA